UUUUUUGUCGUUCGCAGGUUAUGUGAUAUUUAUUUUGGCUGUAUCGAGGGGAAGAGAUGAGAGGCGCGGGGAACAACCCGGGUUCUGUGGGUUCCAAGUUUGGGGCUCAUCGACUAGCCCAUCAGAAGAUAAUCGGCGACGAGCAAGGAGCCCAGAGGCACGGGAACAGGAAUGGAGUUUCUUUAGACGAGGGGCGGUUUGCGAGUCCCGGGUUGCCGUGUCUGCUGGAGGACUUGGAGCGGCUUUCGGAAGACAGGGAAUCUGCGGACUUGGUGUUUCUCGUGGGCAGAGACGAGACGCCGAUCCGGGGCCACCGACUCGUGUACGCCAUGCGGUGCAAGAACUUCUUUUUCCCGUCCCCGCUGGGCCCGAGGCGGAAUCUGUCGGGGUCUUCGGGCAACGGUGCGGGCAUCAGUGUGGAGGUUUGCUCGGUGCGGGGCUGGAACGUGAAGCCCGGCUUUCCCGUGACUGUCACGGUGCCGCACUUUAGCCCCGAGGCCUUCCAGAUGGUCCACCACUACAUUUACACGGGGCAUGUGGCGUUAACGGAGGAGACGGUGUUCGAAGUGAUGUCUUUGGCCCAGUGCGUGGGCCUGGACCAGUUGCAUCAGUGGACGGAAGAACACGUUGCAGGAUCUCUGAACCCCUUGAAUGCCUGUGCCCUUUUUGGCGCAGCUGUGGCCCUGGAAGAGCGGACGAAAGGGUGUAUUUCGAAGUCCAGCGGUGCUACAUUCGUGGACACGUGCGUGUCUUAUAUUGGCGAGAAUGCGAUCGAAUGUGUCCGAACUCCGUCCUUCUGCGCCCUCUCGAAAGAGGCCCUCAUCCGGCUCAUUUCUUCGGACCAGUUUGCAUUGGAAGAAGAGGAGGUUUGGCGAGCAGUUUUGGCGUGGGCAAAAACGCAAGCGUCUGUGAAUGCAGCGACGAGUGCGUGGACAGAGGAGGAGAGGCAGAAAGUCUGCUCCUUUCUAGCGCCGGUCAUUCAAUACGUUCGUCUUUUGCUCAUUGACAGUCAAGUGUUUGCCGAGGAAGUGGAGCCCACGGGAUCGGUGCCACUGGAGCUGACGAAGGAGAGGUACAAGAUUGCCGCCCUGAGUGGCGGGACGCUGCCCGUGCCAGCGACGGCCGGGUCCCAGCCGGGUGGUGGUGGCGGAGCUGGCGGCGGCUGUGGUGGUCCCGGCAAGUUCCGCCAGAAUUCCGGCAACGGCGUGGACCCGCGGUUCCAGCCCCGGGCGCCGCCCAACCGCUUCUUUCCGGGCUCGCAAAUUCUUGCCAGGGAGGAUGCGGGGUUCCAGAGGCUGUUGAACGAAUGGUACGGGGAUCCGCGGGAAAGUUGGACGAUGGUGUUCAGGGCGUCGCAGCACAACUUUUCCGCGCAAGCAUUCCACCACUUUUGCGACGGAGUGGCGCCAUCUUAUGUAUUGGUUUUGGGCUCUAAAGGCGAAGUGUGCGGCGGCUUCAGCGACGUGCCGUGGGGCGCCGUCGGCCCCAAGUCUGCUGGCGGCCCGACUUCCAGCAGCUGCAGCAGCAGCAACAACAACCCUGCCACCGGCGGCGGCGCCUCUUCGUCCGGCUACUGCGCCUCGUCCAACGCCUUCCUGUUCACGCUCAAGAACUCGCACGACGUGCCGCCGAGCAAGCUGCCGGUCGUCAAGCGGACCUUUGCCAUCUCGCAGCAUCCGGACUUCGGGCCGACUUUCGGCGCCGGCGCCGACCUCUGCAUCGCCGACCAGUGCCACGUCAACUGCGAGAGCUACUCGAACUUGCCGCACUCGUACGACGGCGACAACGCCUUCUCGGGCCUCCUCAUGGGCGCCUACAACUUCCGCGUGGCCGAGUACGAAGUCUUUACGCCGUCCCAGGCGCAGAAUGUGGACAAGGACAAGGAUCAUGAUUGACUGCUGAAGACGACCAUUACUUGAUCUGAUGAUUGAUAGAUUGUUUCUCUUUUGUUUUACCCCCGUGUUCUGUUGAAUUUUUCACUCUCAAUAGGUAAAUGAUUUUUCCACUUUUGCUACAAAACGUGCGUUGCCUGCAUGUUGAAUCCAGUUGUAAUAGCCAGGAUUGUUAUAUUUUAUUCAGAUGAGACAUUGGGUGAAGCAGAGAUUUCUUGUGAUCAAUAUUCGAGUUAAAUUCCAUCUUUCUUCAUACGGAACAGCGUAACAAAAUACUCGAAAUACCCCCUAAUCAUGAGCAUUAUUUUAAUAUAAUCAUGCAUUACUAGAGACAGGAUUCAUUUCCUUUUUCGCGCACUUUUUAUUUACAUCUGCCAGAUAAUAUUGAAUCUGUUUUAAAGUAAAGCGAAAAAGAAAAUUUCUUGAGGCUGUAACUUUUUUCUUUGUCUUAGCAUCAAAAUAUAGUUAAUAUACUUCUUGACUCUUGAACAAUUGCCAUGUUGACACGGCCCAGUUAAGAUUCAAAAUAAGGAAAACGUCUCGCAGACCAAUAUUGAAGGGGUUGGACAGGCAAGUGUUUGUUGAUCCAUGAGUAAGUAAAUGUGCCAUGUGUGGAAACUAUCCGUCCUCAAUUGUGGAUUUUUUCAGUGCCUUAAGUGAAAAUGUCUUGAACUGUUGUUGGUAUUUUUGAAGAUAAAUAAAAGUUGAAUAUUUUUUGUCCAGAA